GUUACACUAAUUACCAAACACAAUAACGUUUAGCAGACAGAGACCUUUUUUCUAAUCAAUAAUCUAGAAAUUUACCUUAGUUAAGUCAAGGUUAUCGAAUGCGCAUGCAAUUGAUCAAUAGUCUUUUAUGAGGACGAGAGGAAAAACUGAAAGAAAUCAGGUAGACGUAAUAACGAAUAGUAUUUUGAACAGCUUCGCAUGUCAAAUUACUCAUAGUACGGAAAUCUACUAGCAAUAGUAUCAAGAAUGAGCGAUACUGCUGAACUCGCGGGGAUUUCCAGAAUUGGGAACACGGAGGAUCAAGAAGCUAUAUUAUCAGAUGAGUCUUCAGCAUUUCAGAGCUAUGAUAGUUCAAAAAUCUCAUCGGAGUAUGAAUUAGAUGAUGUUUUAGACUUGUAUAACGAUACCACCGACGAUGCUGAAGAUACAGAGGACACAGGCCCGUAUAUGCUUUCGCCAUCUUCAAGCAUUUCCAGCGGGAGUAGCAAGGACUUGAAUUCGUUUAUAUACCCAAUUUACCGACGGCAACGUACCUUGGUGGAGGGGAAAGAAGCAGAAAGUGGAGGAGAAAGCGAUUUUGACACAAUUGUACCGAACAAUCAUAAAGUUUACUCUACUUGUGCCUACAUCAAAGACGAUGCUUCUAAACCAACUCUUCCAAAGCAUAAUCUGCAGGAUAAUUUGACGCUUUCAUGGGAACUUUCGGAGAACAACGACUCACUGGCAAAAAAUGAAUUUGCAGCUACCAACCAUGAAAAUGUCUCUUCCAAAGCUUCCACCAAGACUAAUUUUACGAUUAAAUAUAAUGACGAUAAAAAAGAUUCUUCCUCCAAGAUUUAUAGUGACAACCUUCCGUUUAAAAUCAACUCUAUUAAUUGCGAUAUCAAAAGUGAUGACGGACCACUUUCUCAAACAUUUCGCUCCUUUAAUAAAUUUAAACAAUGUCAUUCAGAAUGGGAUAUGUAUGGGUUUAAAAAGGAUAGUCAGUUUACGUCUAUUGAUCAGUAUGAUACUUGGUUCGAAGGAUAUAGUCAAUAUUUGGACCGUCGUGAACAGAAAUGGAAACUGUUGCUUUCUGAAAAUGGAAUUGAUUACUCUGCGGGCACUCCUGAUAUCUUUCCUAGUCGUAGUGCCAAAGUGCAGAGGUUUAUACGGAAAGGUAUUCCUUAUGAUCUUCGUGGAAAUGCUUGGUUUUAUUACAGCGGUGGGUAUGAGCUUUGUCAAAGAAAUCCCAAACUAUAUGAAACAUUAUGGAGAUGUUCUUGUAUUCGCAAGCCUUCUGAUUCUGACUUGAUUGAACGUGAUUUAUACCGAACAUUUCCUGAUAACAUAUAUUUUCGUGGUAAAACGAAUCAGCCUCAAAGAUUCACCGGGGUGUCUGAAAAGGAUCCUGACGUCGCUAUGAUUGCUAAACUUCGCCGUGUUCUCAUGUCGUUCGCUACCUAUCUUCCAGAGAAUGGCUAUUGCCAAAGCCUUAACUUCCUUGCUGGUUUUUUUCUGUUAUUUAUGAGUGAAGAGAAGGCAUUCUGGAUGCUUGUUAUUACUUGUCGAAAAUAUUUGCCGAGAAUGCAUGAUGCCAACCUCGAGGGCGCGAAUAUUGAUCAAAGUGUUUUAAUGGCGUCCGUACGGGAAAGUCUCCCAGCUGUUUGGAGCCGUAUUAAUUUAAACUUCGAUGGUAUGCCUGUUAAUGAUAUUGUUGCAAAGCUUCCCCCUAUCACCCUUGUUACGGCUGCUUGGUUUAUGAGUGCUUUUGUAGGCAUAUUACCGACUGAAACAGCUCUUCGCGUAUGGGAUUGUUUUUUUUACGAGGGAAGCAAAGUAUUAUUUAUGACCGCUUUAUGCAUUUUGCGUUUAGGGGAGGACGAAAUAAAGUCGAAAAAUGAACAAACUGAUGUUUUUCAAGUGAUUCAAGAUCUUCCUAAAUCUUUACUGGAUGCCAAUGCUUUUGUAUCGUUACUUUUUCGAAGGAACUUCCGAAGGAGUCCGUCUCAGAAGGACAUUGACCGCAGGCGCCAGAAAAUUGCAAAGAAGCGCAAGAAAACGGUAACUAAGGUAGAAGGUCAGGAAGCUGAAACGUCAAAACCAUCUUUGGCUAGAUCAUCUUCGCGCUUUAAAGGUUCCCAUUUAAUUUCUCAAUUACAGAAUCAUCUGAAAAAAUCAUCGUAAUUUGUACUUUAUGUUGUGAUGGGAAUGCUUAAUAUGUCAUUCGUUAAAUUCCCUAUUUUCGUCCUUUUCUCAAUGCUCUCUUUUGUUUUUGGUUUUGCUCUUUAAACUCGUUCUGUUGCUUAUUUACAGAUUGGCACAUUGCAUCUAUGAUAUUUAACUUGUAUUUAUCUAUAAUGAUUCUACGGACUUGCUAUAUUUUCUAUUCAUUCGUUUAUUACCAGGGAAUUCAAUCUGGUUGUUUUUAUCUUCAAAUUCAUCAUCUUGCAAGUUUAAUAUAUUAUUACAAAUUACUGAACUAAAGUUUAUCGUUCCCUUGACAUUAGUUUUGAUUUUCACUUUCACCUCAGGACAAUUUUAUUUUCUAUAGUAUUAACAGUAUAUAUAUAUGUAUUAGAAAGUAAUUAGAAAAAUAAAGGAAAAGUAAUGCUGUCUUUACGAUAUAGAGAAUGAUUAGAUGUGGGUAAAAGAAUGUGAAUAAGGCAAACACUUUUUUAAAGGGAAGAGCUAAAGAAAACACCAAGAAAACAGUACCAGAUUCCA